AGCCACUAUCGGCAGGCAUGGGGUUUAUGAAUCGCUGGAGGGAUUUGGUGCUUGGGACCUUCUCCCUCCCGAGCUUCCUCAACUCUGAGGACACUACCCUCAGGCAUUCGUUAUGCAUUUAGCUGCUUUUGGAGGCUGCCGCAAGGGCUCCACAGCCCGUUCAGAAAAUGAUCGGCAGCCUAAGACCCCACAAUCCAAUGUGGAACUUAUGCCCCAGCCCUGGGGCUGCUUGGGGGACAUCCUGUAUGCGGGGGCGCCGUGUCGAUGCAGGGCACCCUGGAGCGAGGCCAUGCCCUGCGACGGCACGUGGUGCAUCGAAAGCCUUCUCCCACCCACACGGGCGUGUGGGAGGAUGUGUGUGUGGGGGCUUCUUCCUCCUCUCUCCCCUCCCUCCGCUGCCCCCCCCCUCGGGUCCCCGGGGGUCCAGGCUCCCGCCGUCAAGGCCCCCGAGAUCAAGGUACCAGAGUUCAAGGCCCCCGACAUCAAGGUGCCAGACUUCAAUGUGCCAGACUUCAAGGUGCCGGAUUUCAAGCUGCCCGACGUCAAGGUCCCCGACGUCAAGGUGCCCGACUUCAAGGCCCCCGAGCCCGCGCCAGCGCCGAAGCCGCCGGCGCCGGAGCCGAAGCCGGCGCCGAAGCCGGAGCCGCCGAAGCCGGCGCCGAAGCCAGCGGAGC